AUGUCAACACUCAGUGCAAUGCAAGCAAUUUUGUCUGGAGGAUUUUUGCCAGGCAAAGAAGAAGAACAAGUCAAAACAAUAGAAUUGAAAAAAGAUGAAUUAACUUUUCAAUGUGGCAUCUGCUAUAUUAAAUACAAAGAUGAUUUACUGGGUGCUGAAACUGCUCGGGAAGGAAAAAUUUGUCGUUUCUGUUUGGAUAAAAAACAAAGAGAGUUAAAAUAA